GAGAACGGGAUUUAUAGCGCUGUUGUCAUUCCUUCUUUUUUUUUUUGCUUUUAACCUGAGCUGUCAAAUGAAAAGUGGAAAAAUUUUCAUCGGUUGAACGGACAAAUAAAUCGCAAUAUAAAUCAUUGAAAACUUCUAUUUUUAUUUAACAACCUACUAGGAAACUGAUAAAAAAUUUAAGCAGAGUGAAUUUCAAAAUAAUGGGAACUUAAAUAAAUACGCGAGUGAUGAUGCAUCAUAUGUACAUAUGUAAAAGAAAUACCGAAGAUCAGGGCAGUAUAAAUAUCUUUUAGAAUUGUGCCAGACGUGUGAAACAAUAAGAAUUACUAAAACAGAAUAGAACAGAAUCAUUUUGUAAGAAACAAAAAAAUAGAGUUGGAGUAUCAACAAUUUAACAAACGACGUAGAAAAUUUAAAGUACGUGCAUAAAGGUGAAUAAAAAUGUUUUGGGACAAAAGCUACACACCGUCACAGAAUAUAGAGGCGCUAUUGGAGAAAGAGAAUGCUACUGUUGAGGAAUUUCUGGACGAUGAUGAUAUCCUACUGGAGUGUCGAUCACAAAAAAAGUCUAUUGUUAUUUAUUUCACUCGCACUGAUGUAAUCAGACGCCUUGUUGAACUCAUUACGACAGAACCUUCUGAGGAUCUACCCUUGGCCCAAAGAUAUCGCCAUGCGCAUAUGGCUUGUGAGAUUUUAACACUCGGUUUGCCGUCCUUAGAUGAAAAGCUUUUGUCUGAUGAACAUAUAUUAGAAACCCUAUAUUCAUAUCUGGAAAAUGAACCACCGUUAAAUCCUUUGCUAUCGUCAUUUUUUAGCAAAACGUUUAGUAUGCUCUUCACAAAAAAGGCUGAACAAGAUUGGUUUUUGAAUCAACAAAUGUGCCUAAAACUCUUGGAAUACAUUAAGUCGCAAAAUAAUUUUUUGGAUUUAAUUUGUAAGCAUUUUUCCACACCUGUUAUACCCGAUUUGAUAAUGCAAAUGAUGCGAGAGGUAGAAGGACAAAUGAAACGGAAUUUAUAUGAAUGGCUCACUGAAGAUAAACUCGUAGAGAGACUGAUUGAAUUAAUUGGCAAUCCUCAAGAAACCGACAAGCAUGCAAAUGUGGCGGAAUUCCUCUGUGAUUUAAUACAACAAGGUCGUUCUAUGCGUUAUACGGAGCAGGAGAAUGACACGUUUGAGCCCACAUUCGACGGUUCAAAUCCAAUCUUGAAAUGUAUCGAAAGUGAGCGCAAUGUUGAAGCCUUGUUGAAUGUGAUUUUAGAACCAAACGCGCAAGAAAGCGCAGUCGUAUCAGGAAUAUCGGUUGUACUUAUGCUUUUAAAACCAGUUGUUUUUACUGAUGAACCUAAUUCCGAUCGUAUGAAAUUUAUACAAAAUCGUGAAAAAGAGAUUCGUGAACAAAUACUCUUUACUGUGAUUAGUGUCAUUGCACCGCGUCUUAAAGAUUUCAAUGAGUUACUUAGAAACCCGCCUAAUAAACCAGAAUUAGUGACUACAGCAGCCAAGUUAUCACAGCCGUUUGGCAUGACUCGUUUGCAAAUCUGCCGUAUUUUUACAGUAUUAUUGCAGACUAAAAACGAAACAAUUUCAAAAGCUGUCUGUGAAACGGAUUUCUUUGAAACCUUAUUAAUCCUCUUCAAGCAAUAUUGUUGGAAUAAUUUUUUGCAUAGCGAAGUUGAAAAGUGUCUUCAAUUAGUAUUUUAUACAAAACUAUCAAAUAACAAUAAUUCAAUGCAAGGCAGUACAAUUGUGAAUGAUGGCUCUUUCAAUAAAACGGGAAACAAUGUGGAAAAUACAUCGUUUUUCGAUUUCAUUUUCAAGUCUGAUAAUAGCAAAGAUGAAAAUUUCGAAGUUAAUGAGGCAAACAAAAAUGUUGAAAAAGAAGAAAAAUCAUCCGUCGAAAAGGAAGACGUCGAAAUGAAAACGGAUGAACAAAUUGGCGAAGGCAAAGGCGAAAUAGCAACGGAAGAAAAAUCCGAAAGUAAUGAAACCGCUACAAAUGCUAACGCCAUGGAAACAGAUGAAGGUACUGUAGAAAAGGUGACAGAAAACGCAGAAGCGCCAACUACUUCAGAUGUUGAUGAGAAACGUAAGGAAGAUGAGAUUAACGAGCAGAACAAAACCAAAGCGCAAACCGACAGUGUUCCGUCCGCAUUGCAAAUACACGUAAUUGAAAAGUGUAAGCUGAUUUCUAAAUUAAUUGACUGUUGGAAAUACAACACAGAGAUGGAGUCAGCCGAAAAAGGUCGUCGUCUCGGUUAUAUGGGACAUUUAAUAAAAAUAUUCAAACAUAUUACGAAUAGUAUAUCAGAAUCUGAACAUAUCGGUGCCUUAAUUGAGAGUAAUUUAAGUGAUGAGUUUGAGUUAAAAUUGUGGCAAUCAAUAAUAAAUCCAACCGAUGGUGAUCUAACAAAGGCCUUAGCCACACAAAAUAAAAUGUUAGCGAAUUGUAAUGCCCAUGAGGCGGGCGACUACAGUCCACAUUUAUCAAAAGAUUUUGAUAACAGCACUUGGGAUUACAUUAUGUCAUCGAAUAUGAUCAGCAAUCUUGGCUUCAAUGAUUCCGGUUCAAACGACAUAGUUUUUGCGCUUGAACAUGACAUCUAUCGCAAUAAUCUGCUCGAAAACGAUGAUAACGCCGAAAACGACCUUAAUUUGUUUCAGUUCGGUCGCAAUAUUGACGACGACGAUGACGAGGACGAUGAAAACAACGCUGGCGGUGCUGGCAGUGGCGGUGGCGGAACCGGCUCCUCUCUCUUCGGCAAAAAUGCUGUUUCCACAUCAGCUCUACAAGCGUUCGGCGUAACCAACAAUCCAUGGGAUGAUAUGGAUCCGUUCAGCGAUCUAACUGCGAAUAGCAAUGCAACACCGUGGACAGCUGAUUUCAAUUCGGAUAAUUUUGCUGAUUUCGAUUCGCAUUUCAGUUCGUUCGCCAACGAUUUGGGCGAGAGUUUAGUGAGUGCGGCAUCUACAACGCCUGAAACUACUGCGGGUAAAGAGAACAGCAAUAACGGUGAUGGCAGUAGCGCUGCUACUGUUGGCAACCAAGCGCAACGAAACACCACCGAUAACGGUGCAAUUUUGAGUGACAUCAGCCGUACCAUCGCGCCAGUUGUCACCAGUAGCAAGGCCGAAACUGGUUAUGAUAAUAAUGCAAAUGUUGAGAAGAGUAUAACGCUGGUAACGCAAGAGAUUGGUGAAUUUGCGGAUGGCACCGACGUCGCAGAUGAUUUGGAUGUGUCGAAUGAGAAGGCUUUGGCCACUUCGUUGGUGCGUACACUACAGUCGGUGAUGCAGGAUUCUGAGGAUGACUAUGAGGAUGAUGAGGGUAUGUGGACAAAACCGCUGGGCGGCAGUGCAGUGGAUGCGCACGAUGAUGAAAGUGAUGACAGCGAUCAGAAGUCCAAUGAGCUCCGUUUCACCAACGGCCCGAGCAGCCAAGAAGUUCACGCAAAUGAUAACACACAUAAAUUAAACAAAACUGAUGAUGAUGACUCCAGCACAAUUGCAGCGGCGCACAUCAAUGAGAAUGCAGGCAGUGAAAACGUUCAAGUUGCCGCUACAAUUAGCGAUGCGAAACGCACAAGCAGUUCCAUAUCUCUAGACACCAUCGCUGAUGUGGGUUGCAAUGCCACUGCCGUGGCUAAGACAUCAUCGACUAGUAAUGCUGUUGAAAUUGCGCCAACAACAACAUAAAUGAAAUUGUGCUGGCACACAAACACAUAUAAAGAGAAAAAUGUACAUGCGUAUAUAUGUGUGUGUGGCAUAAGCAGCCACUUACAUAUAUGAACUUAUACAUAUGCAGAUAUACUAUAUAUAUUAUAAAAAAUAAUAAAAAUCGCUCAAAGACAUGCAAAUACACUGCAGCAAAUUGAUAAACUUUUGAUGCGUCCAAUGACGCUUCACGCCAAAGGUUGAGGUACCGCCCAUGUAUAAACUUAAAACUUCUAAAACUAAUUAUAUCAACGUACAUACAUACAUACAUAUAAACAUACUCAAAAACCAUGCACCCAAAUGUGCAUAUAUCUACAUUGACGCUGCACAAAGGUAUUCUUAAAAUAAUAAAAACAAAUAGUCAUAUAAGAAAAAUAUAAAACAAACACAAACCCAAACACCUGUAAACUGAAAUAUGUAGUAGUGAAAGUAAAAUCGAAGAAAAACAGCAACACUGUCAAAGUCCAUGGUAGAGCGCUUGUGCAACGACUAUGCGGAAAUGAAGCAAGUUUCACUAAGAAAAUAAUUGGAACACAGUACAUUUCGCAUCGAGUUCGUUUGAAACUAUCCACUGUGGUGAUCUAAAAAUUUUAUAAUAUUUACAAAAACAAAAAAAAGAUAUUGUAAUGGAAUUAUGAAAAAGAGCAGUAAUGAAAACGAAAAAUCAUAACGAACUUACAAACUUUUACCUAAACAUAAACGAUUAUAUGUACAUUAGUGCAAUUAUGGUUAGUAAUGGUAUUGUUUACCUAAAUAUUACUUAAUUUUUUUCUGCAUAAGAUCAGACUAACAAUAGUAUGUAUGUAUGCACAUUCAAGUAAAAGUUGAGGUUGUGUGUGCAGUAGUAAUAAAUAUUAAUAAGCAUUGUAAAACAAUAAUAAUUGGUCUAAACAUUGUGCUGGUAAAAUAGCACAAAACAUAAUCUAAAAACUAGUUGCUAAAAAAACGAGCUACGUUAGUAAUGCACAUACGGUAAAUGACACAAACAAUGUUCACUAACAGUUAUGUGUGCAAAUAAUAUUGGUUGCAUGAUGCAAUAAAUAAUGAUUAGGCGUACAAAAUUAAGUAUAGUAAAAGCAUUAAAAAGUAACAAUGAUAAAAAAUUGGCCAUAAAAAUAUAUAGACUGGUAUGUAUUUUCUUAAAAAACAAAAAACAAAGAGCUUUAAGCCAAAUUGUAAUGGGAAACUGACUUGAGUAAAAUUGCACCAAAUUUUUUUUUUUUUUAUAUUUUGAUUUUAAUUUUUCUUCACAGCUAAUAGCUAGCGCAUAUAUUAGAAGAGAAGAGAAUUUAGUAUGAUUGCGCUUUAUAACUACUGCAUACACCUUCAGUGCACUUGAAUAAUGUUGUUGUGUCGUUACUAUUAUUAGUAUAGUAGAAUUAACACCAAAUUAAAAGAAAAAAAAAAAAAAACUUACCCGCCCAAAUAAAUCAAUGUAUGUACUAUUACUGCAGCAAAAUCUAGUUACUUAAGAAAUAUAAAACAAUAAAGGACAAACAACGAACGGACUGCUCAAAACGUACAGACUACCAUACGAUAAAUGCAUGCAUAUGUAUUUAUAAUACAAUUUAUGAAAUAAACUUCAAAGAAACACAUAUGAAAAGUGCUUAAAAAAGCCUCUGAAUAUAAGAAAAUAUUAAAAAAAAUUAGCUGAGCCACUCACGCUUAGUACACUUAUACAAAACAUACAUACACACACACAUGCUGAGACCAAACACCCUCGCUCGUUAUGCCAAUUAUAUAGUUAUGUUCUUCUUACAUUUUAUUAUCUACACUACCACUAUUUUAACAAGAAUUGUAUUCUUUCAAAUGUGCUAUUUUACUAAAUCUUAUAUAUCUUAUGCUUUUAUCAUAGUACAUGCAUACAUGCUAUUCACUAUUUCUAUACUUUAAAGCAAAUGAACCAAGUGCAAAAAUUAAGUAAAGAAAAACAAAAACUAUUUUAUAGAACAAAAAACAAUGUUAAAUUAGAUUUUGAAAUAUAAAAAAAAAAACAAAAAAACAAAAAAAAAAAACAAUUAUAUACAUACAUAUAUAAAAACUAAACUUAAAAAAUCGAAAACGAAAGUAAGACAUUAAAACAAGUAUAAGCGUCACGAAAAUACUUAAAUGCCAAAUAAUGUAUUCUAAUUUGCUUGAAAACUAUGACAUACAUAUGUCUUUGCGGUAAGCUGUUUUUGCCUCAAAUCGCAAAGUAAAAUUCAGAUUGAGAUUAAAAUUGGCGAGUUCACGCAAUUCUUCUAAGCAGCCAGCUAUAAAGUGUGCAUAUAACUUAUUUGGCAAUUCACUUAAUAUUGUCUGAUUCAUUUAUACAUAUAUUAAGUGUUGUGUAGGGAAUGUCAACUGUCUGUGACAGAAAAGCAACCUUACAUAUCGCACACUGACUACAAAAAAGUGCGAUACGUCGAUUUGUAAGCCUUCAUAUCAACUUUGUGAAUCAAAAAUUUAUAACUUUAAAAAAUUAUUUAUAGUUUAUCAAAACAAUAUUUUACCAAACAUAUUCAAGCACAUACAAGUGCACAUAUGGUAUAUGUACAUAUGUGAAAUUUUUAAUCGGUGAUUUUUGUUUCCAACAGCCGCUACCGCUUGCAAGCGAGUCUAAAUAAUUUUAUUUCAUGGCUUGCAUUCUUUGCACAAUUUUUUUUUUUAUAUUUACUUAAUAUUUACCCUUAAUGAUAGCCAAACCAAAUCUUCGUGCAUUUUCCCUAUCGCCAAAUGGAAGCAUUGACUUUUCUAAACGAAUUUGUAAUCAUUUAGGUAUAUGCUUAUGAAUUACGAGAAUGUUUAUAUGAAACGAAAUGUAAUAAAGUUUGUCAAAAAGUACAAAAUCACCACAUUCAAAUGCAAUUUAAGUAAUAAUACAAAUCAGUUAAUACUAUUUUAGAAUUUAUUUAACACAAAAGAUUAAAGUAAUAUUAAAUACAAAAAUUAAUAAUAUUAAAUUUAAAAUAAUCAUAAAGGCUCACUGAAAGACCUUCCGCAGAAGACAUUUUCUUUCGUUAUUUACUUGCCCUUAAGUGCUAACGCUAGCGUAUAUUUUUCACUGGCAACUAACUUUUUUUAAUUUAAAUUUAUAUACAUACAUAUAUUUAUAAUUGUGUUUCAUGAAGGUGCGUGUAAAAUAUGUGUAGUUUUUUCCUUCUUACUCAUCAUUCUCUUCGCUAAUUCCUGCUGUAAACGCAAAGUGUUCCAAAUAAAUACAUAUGUAUUUUUCGUAAUUAUAAAUAGAUACAUACAUAUGUAUAUACAUACAUACAUACAUGCAUGAAAUGCCAUGAUGCCCUAUAUGCAAUGUGUUAUACUCUUAUACUCAUUAUAUAACUAUGUAUUAUUUGUUUGUACUCUAGACAAAAAAAAGAAAUAAAAAUAAAUUAAACUAUGUUUAUAUUGUA